GAGGCGGCGGGAACGUCCUUAAACUGCAGCUAAGCCAGUUUUACGCACAAGUUGCGCUCAUCUGGUCGGCAUCAGGCGCCCUUCUAGCCUCGCUCAGUUGGGACGUUGGCUCUGGGAGGGGAGUGGGAACCAAAGUCUUGUUAGAAAAACUUUUCUCCAUUUACAAAGGAAGAGUGGGUUUUAUAUUUUUGGCACGUGUAGCCCUAUUGUUAACGCACAUAAUUGGAUGGAUUGGCGAGAUUUUUAAUCCGGGAAAAACAUACGAAGAGUGAAACGCUUUUCCUCAGUCUGUGGACCGCGGGUUGGUUGUGAACAGAUCAGCUUUGCGUGUAAACCCGUUUUUUCGUCUUUCUUCGGCGUGUCUGGAGGCGCUGUUCGUGCGUCCUGUAUGCAAGGAUUUAUUUGGCUCGCAUAUUAUUAUUGCUCAAUUUCUUUCCACUGUGCCCUGUUUACGUCAUGACUUCUAGCUAUGCACAUGUAAUGGACAGGCAAGCGUCAAUACCAAACCGCCUGGAGAGCCCCAUUACGUCCAACCUGGAGAACCUUCAAGCCAAGAAGAACUUCUCGGUUAGCCACCUGUUGGAUCUUGAAGAGGCCGGGGAAAUGGUCGGGAACCAGGCCGACGAGGGCGUCGGAGAGGCGGGGAGGAGUAUGUUGGAGUCCCCGGGCCUGACCAGCGGGAGCGAUACAACUCAACAGGAGAAUGAGCAAAUGAACACGGAGGAGAAGAAGAAGAGGAAGCAGCGCCGGAACCGGACCACCUUCAACAGCAGCCAGCUGCAGGCCCUGGAGAGGGUGUUCGAGCGAACCCACUACCCCGACGCCUUCGUCCGCGAGGACCUGGCCCGCCGCGUCAACCUCACCGAGGCCCGCGUGCAGGUCUGGUUCCAGAACAGAAGGGCCAAGUUCCGGCGUAACGAGCGGGCCAUGCUGGCCAGCAAGAACGCCUCGCUGCUCAAGUCGUACUCCGGGGACGUGACAGCUGUGGAGCAGCCCAUCGUCCCCCGCCCGGCCCCCCGCCCCAACGACUACCUGUCCUGGGGCAGCGCCGCCCCCUACAGCUGGUAUCCGAUGACGGAGGGCGGCCCAAUGCGAGUGCCACAGAAAAUGCUGCCCUCAGAAAGCAACGCCAUGGCCACAUACACACCCACCUGCUCCAACACCAAUACAUCCCAGGGAAUGAACAUGGCCAACAGCAUCGCCAACCUGCGGCUGAAGGCCAAGGAGUACAGCCUGAACCAGGUGCCCACAGUCAACUGAAGAGGCAGUUGGAGAGAGGGAGAGGGCGAGAGAGAGAGAGAGAGAGAGACAUACACACUUUAGAUAAUCAUGGGGGCAUUCCACGCAGUCUUGUGCAGGAGGUGAGACAUCCCCACGCCUCUGUAUAUCGGUGGAAACCCCCCAGAGACACAGCCCUGUCUCUGGGGGGCUGGUCAUCUCCGAGCCCCCUCACCACGGAGCCGGACUGGUCCGCCUCCGCUACGUCCUCCUCUCCUCUGUUCAGCAUCGCUAGCGAUACUGAGGCGUCCAUUUUAGCCCAAGCAUCUGACGUGGGAUGGCGACGCGAUAGAGGACUUUGCCAUGAGCCUCUCCCUCCUGGGCUGAACUCUUGUUUGUACUAAAGAUAUCCAGAUUGGAUGCUGAAGCCUACCUGGCACGCUGUCGUGCAUUUUUCUUCGAUCCAGACUGAAACAGAGAGCGAGUUUUUCUCUACCAGAACUUUCUUGGUGUCCUAUCUAGGGUUUACUUUCAAAACCAUGCCCUGUUGCUAAUUUGAGAGGAAGAGACUCUUUGACCGGACCCCUGGGAAUCCCCGAUCUCUCUCUCGGUCGCGAUGCUCAAGGAUUAAAACACCAAAUAAAAAGGGGGACUUCACAAUUCUGUUUAUUCCAAAUCCAAUUUUUUCUGUUUAAAAAAGAAAAUCAAAUACUUCAUCAACCAUGUUAAGUUGAGGUGAAUAACAUGUAUGCAUUUUUUGUUUGUUUCAUAAUUGUUUUCCAAGUUAUACCACUGACAAGAAAACAUUUCCAAGACAUUUUGAUUCAUAUAAUAGUCCCAUAUGCUACCGGAAAGGCUGAUGUAUUUCUCAACCCAAAAACGAAAGAUUCUCCUAAUUUCUUAUGAUAACCGCUAUUUGUAACAGAAAAAAAAGUAUAUUAAUAAAAUACAUUUCAAGCA